AUGAAUAGCGCAAGUUGGGACGACGGAGAUUUGGACUCCACGGCAGACCCCAGCAUAUUGAUGUUAGCCGAAGAAGUCCCUACCUUAACCGUGGCCACGAUUCUGGGAGUUACCGUAGUCUUACUUAUCGCUAUAGUAUUAGUUUUUGUUCUUGGAUUUCUCAUUGACUGGCGUCAACAGCGGUUGCUUGACAAAAGAAUCGGAGAAGCGAAGAGAAAAAAGGCAUUUGGAAGGAAAAGUGCAAAGUUCGAUGGGGAUGCAAUUAGCAUAGCGAAUAAUAUGGAAGAAGCUAGUUCAAGUAUUCCACCUGCUGAAGUUUUUAAAAAUAUACCA